AUGCUACGGUUGCAGAAGUACGACUUUACAGUGGUGUACAAGAAAGGAAGCCUGAUGUUCAUGGCUGACACAUUAAGUCCGGCGUACUUACCACAUGACAGACAAUUGAUCACUGACGAAGGCCAAGUGUUGAUGAUAGACAUGAGGAGCCCAACAGCUAUUGACAUUGAGACAAUUCAAAUGGUCGAGCAUUUAUCCAUAUCUCAACAGAGACUAGCUGAACUGAAACAAGCCACAAGCAAAGAUACUUGCAUGAGCAAGCUGAUGCAGCUCAUACGGCAAGGCUUGCCACCGUCAAAGGAAGAUGUACCACACUCAGUACGUGAGUACUUUACCUUUCGGGACGAACUCGCUAUGCAGAAUGGCGUAGUAUUCAAGGGCGAGCGUGUUGUUGUACCUGCAGGUAUACGUGGUAACAUCAUGGAGAGAAUUCACUCAAGCCACAUCGGUGUGCAAGGGUGUAUACGACGAGCAAAAGAACUUGUCUACUGGCCGAACAUGGGACAGGAGAUAAUAGAUCUUGUAAGCAAGUGUGAAACCUGCAACACCCUACAACAAGACCAAAGCAUGGAGCCUUUGAUCAGUCAUCAUAUUCCUACUCGUCCCUGGGAGAAACUGGGAUGUGAUUUGUUUGAGUUUGAUCAGAAAGACUUUUUGAUUACUGUGGACUAUAAUUCCGACUUCUUUGAAGUUGACAGACUUCACAGCAAGAAAGCUCCUGAAAUCAACAAGAAGCUCAAGUCACAUCUAGCUAGACAUGGGAUUCCAAAUCAGAUUAUCUCCGAUAACAGUCCACCGUUCAACUCUGAAGCUUUUCGUAAGUUCUCAGACAACUAUGAAUUUGAGCAUGUUACGUCGUCACCUCGUUACCCACAUUCCAACGGGAAAGUUGAAAGCGCGGUGAAGAUAGCUAAGAAGCUGAUGACAAAGUCACUACAUGCCCAAACUGAUCCUUACUUAGCUCUCCUAGACUGGCGAAAUGUUCCGACAGAGGGAAUCGGAUUUUCUCCGGUACAGCGACUCUUUAGCAGGAGAACAAAGACCAAACUCCCAACAGCAAGUACACUUUUACAACCAAAGACCGUUAAUGGUGUGUCAGACAAGAUAGCUUGUAAAAAAACUAAACAAGCUUACUACUUCAAUAGAGGCACCAACGAACUUCCUGCUCUGAAGGAGGGAGAUGUGGUAAGAGUCAAGCCUACUAAGUUCGACAAACAGUGGAAGAAAGCUGUUAUAGAACAACAGGUGGAUGUGAGGUCGUAUGAACUGCGUACAGAAGAUGGCAGUAACUUGCGCAGAAACAGACGACAUUUGAGAAAGUCUCAUGAAGCUCCUCCAUUGUUUGUGGAUACAGAUAUGGCUGAAAGGAACCAGUUAGAACCAGAUCUGUGUGUGGAAAGAACUUCCGCUGAAACUCCUAUGAGGAACUGUACUGACAAGCCUGUAGACCAAACAUCAAGCAAAACUACAGAGAGAGUUCAGAUUCCUGCACAGACAACUAGACAGUCAAGUGAGACAACUAAGAAGAGAACUUCUCGUGGUCGUGUGAUAAAACAACCGUCUAGAUUCAGAGGUUAUCUUACAAAUUAUGAACUUUAA